GUGGAGACAUAUACAUCUAUAAUCAUUCUUAAAAGGGAGCCACAGCAGUCGAUUGAGUCCAACGAUUCAAGAUGAAGAGUUCUCUUCUUUAUCUAACGGUGCUGUUGAUAUGCAUUACAGAAAUUGAGUCUUUGCCAAACCCUAAAAUGCUGACAGAACUUGGAAGCUUAGCAAGCUGGGAGGCCAAACAAAACUUUGGAAUUGAAACCCGAGAGUCCAAUCUGAUGUGCGCCGCUUGCGUGGAUAAUUCUUGUUCUAAUGAACGCGUGGACAACUGUGAUCCAGGAUUUUCCUGUGUGACUAUAAAUACGGUUGAUAAUCAAAAUCAGCCAGGCCUUCUUAAGUUUUGUUUCGCGACAAUUUUUUGCUCUGGAAACACUUUAUGCAAUUCGCGUAACGAUACCUUGGAAGGAAACCUGACAUCUUGUAUGUUAGAAUGUUGCUCUACCAAUUUAUGCAAUGCAGCAGUUACGCCGACCACAAUGACCGAAGGACCGAACACUACUACAUCAACAACCACAGAGGCUCCGACCACCACCGAGGCACCUACGACCACUGAGGCGCCGACGACGACAGAGGCACCAACGACCACCGAGGCGCCGACGACGACAUCGGCACCAACGACUACCGCCGCACCUACCACACCCGCACCGACAAUGAUUACAAUUACACCAGGCCAAACUGUAGUCCUUAGAUCGCCUGGUUACCCUGACAGUUAUCCACCUGACACCACCAGAACCUGGGAUCUUGGUACUCUUGGAGAACACCGUUAUCUUAGACUAGAGUUUCGGAGGUUCGACCUUGGACCAGGGGAUACCUUAACUUUCGAGCAAGGGGGCCGAGAACUUUUAAGCCUAAAUGGUGAUUCCCGACUUAAGCGGUCCAAAUAUGGGUGUAGCAAGGAUGAUGAUGAUGAUGAUGAUGAUGAUGACGAUGAUGAAGUUGCUGGCCCUAAUUCUCCUUAUGGUUUUUCCCAAUUUGAAAAAAUUGAAUUAAAUGAUUUGGAGAAAGCCUAUGACGAAUACUUCUCAUCCAUUUAUCCAAGGGCGCCGAGAAAUAGAUUUGAACACAUUUGUGGAUCUCAAAGUAAUGAACCCAUAAUAGUUACAUUUACUUCCGAUAGCAAUGAUGGCCAGAACGGAGGAUUUUAUCUCAAAGUCACGAAUAAAAAACGUCGUGAAGACGACGACGAUCGUUGAUGAUUCCUACUAAGCUUUUCCCUUACCUAUUUCUGAUACGUUUUAAAGAGGUCUAUCUUUUUAGUCCGAUAGACAGCAAGUUGUACUGUAACUCGCACUGAGAUUUCCCUAAUAUUGUAAUAAGCUUUGCUUGAUUGUCCAGAGAGCGAAAAGACCGUAAAAAGCAAGAGGAUAUAAGCACAAUCAUAUUAUCUUGUGACAAGAUAUGUAUUGAUUCAUGUAUUUGAGGCUAAACCUAGCUUUCUUACAAACGUUUGUCUCUCGUUCCUUGUUUUGUUUAUGUCCCUUUAAACGAUUAGAAGACAUACACUGACAGAUGCAAUAAAUUGUGAUUUGCAAAAGUAACGGGUUCAAUGAUGUAAAACGAAACAUAGCAAAAAUUAUGAGCGCUUGAGGGAGAAGGGAAGGGGGAAGGAAGGAGAAAGGAAGAGGGAUUGGGGAGUUAUAGUCGGUAUCCUGCUUUAGUCUCUCAGCCUGACAUUACUGCAAGAUUCUGGUGUGUGAUCAAUUAUCUCUUUACCAUUUGUUCCAUCAAAGACUUGAGAAUGAAACUGAGAGCCUUGCAACUGACAGAAUUAAAUAAACUUCGAUGAUAUUGGUA